AACGUGACCGACUGAAAGAGAACGUCUAGAUUACGUAUGUAACCCUUGUUCCCUGAAGGAGGGAACAGAGAAAUUACGUCUCUUUGCCGCAAUUGCUGUUCCGCUGAAAUGCUGGGUCGUUGGCUCGGCUCCUUAGCGAAGACUUGGAUGCGAGUUGCUCGCGCUGGUCCAUAUGAACCCACACUGCACACAAAGACAACACAAAGAUCUCCCAGACCAGGAAGCCAAUAACAUGAGUGUUCAAAGAGGAUGUGGAAGUCUACCUUUUGAGCGGCCUAAUUUGAGUGAUUUGAGGAUUGUUCUGCUGGGGAAGAAUAUAACAGAAAACAACAGAGUGGGAAACUUCAUCUUAGGAAGAGCAGCGUUUGAGAGUGAAGCACCUGCUGAUGUAGAGCUGAACAUUGAGAAACACAGAGGAAAACUGAAGGACAGAGACGUCACAGUCAUCAACGCUCCUCACCUGCUGCAGCCAAAUCUGUCAAUCACUCAGAUCACACAGGGAGUGAAAGAGUGUGUGAAUCUGUCUGCUCCUGGACCUCAUGUGAUCAUACUUGUACUGCAGCAGAACGACUUCAGUGACAAUAACAGACAUAGAGUGAAAUAUGUGCUGAAUGAAUUCAGUAAGGAGGCUCCUAUACACACUUUAGUGUUGACUGAUGAGAAAGAGAUAAACAAUAACUGUAUUCAUCAAUUAAUAAAGGAGUGUGGAGGUGAACAUCUUCAGUUUGAUGAAAGAAAAUCAGGUUUACACUCUGAGAUACUUGAAAGAGUGGAGAAGAUACUCAGAGAAAACCAGGCCCAGCUUCUUAUCUCUGACUUGUAUGAGGAAGCAGGAGAAGAAACACCAGAAGAUGGAGAGAAGAGGAGAUCUGGAGGUUCAGUCACAGCAGAAGAAGAGGGAGAUUUUGAUCAUGAAGAUGAUGGAAAAAUCAAACAGAGAAACAAAGAGAAAAAGGAAGUCGCUGUCCAAAGGAAAACCUUGUUCAUGGCAUCCUCCAGUGGUCCAGCACUAAAUGAAGAGCUCCAGUGCUCCAUCUGUCUGGAAGUGUUCACUGAUCCAGUCACCACUCCAUGUGGACACAACUUCUGCAGAACCUGCCUGAGCAAAUGCUGGACAAACAGAAAGAUCGGCUUCUGUCCACUCUGUAAAAAAGAAUUCAGCAAAAGACUUGAUUUCAAGAUUAAUUCAACACUCAGAAAGCUUGUGCAACACUUUAAUAAGCUUAAUCAAGAAUCUAAAGUGUUCUGUGACUUCUGUGAUGAAAGAAAGCAGAAAGCUGUGAAGUCCUGCCUGAUGUGUCAAAGCUCUUACUGUGUCUCUCAUCUGGAGCUUCAUCUCAGAGUCCCACGUCUAAAGAAACACACACUCAUCAACGCUGUGGAAAAUCUGGAGGAUUAUAUAUGCCAGAAACAUGAGAGACCUCUGGAGAUGUUCUGCAGAGAUGAUCAGACGUGUGUUUGUCUGUUCUGCACUGAAGGAGAAUACAGGACUCACAACACUGUUCCUAUAGAGGAGGAGAGUCGAGAGAAGAAGACUCUCGCCUCCAAUGAUGGUUUCUUUACUUCAUCUCGAACCGUCCACAUUUCAAACGGGAUGAUUAUUGGUCUGGGUGUCCUGUUGGUAGCAGCGUUGAUCAUCAUACCUACACAAUACACUAGAUUUCAGUCUGAGCAGCUUAAGAUGAAGAAACAGGCUGAAGAUCUCAAUAAAGAGCUGAAGAUGAUGGAGGAACAGCAGAAAGCAGCAAAGAAAGAGGCUGAAGAUCUCAAUAAAGAGCUGAAGAUGAUGGAGGAACAGCAGAAAGCAGCAGAAAAAGAGGCUGAAGAUCUCAUUAAAGAGCUGAAGAUGAUGGAGGAACAGCAGAAAGCAGCAAAGAAAGAGGCUGAAGAUCUCAAUAAAGAGCUGAAGAUGAUGGAGGAACAGCAGAAAGCAGCAGAAAAAGAGGCUGAAGAUCUCAUUAAAGAGCUGAAGAUGAUGGAGGAACAGCAGAAAGCAGCAGAGAAACAGGCUGAAGAUCUCAAUAAAGAGCUGAAGAUGAUGGAGGAACAGCAGAAAGCAGCAGAGAAACAGGCUGAAGAUCUCAUUAAAGAGCUGAAGAUGAUGGAAGAACAGCAGAAAGCAGCAAAGAAAGAGGCUGAAGAUCUCAUUAAAGAGCUGAAGAUGAUGGAGGAACAGCAGAAAGCAGCAGAGAAACAGGCUGAAGAUCUCAAUAAGAGCUGA